AUUUUCUUUUUUAAAUAGUGAAUUGUUUUGUGCUAAAUAUUCCAUAGAUUAGAUACUUUUGAAUAUAUAAAAGAGAGCAUAUACGUACGUAUAAUAAUAAUAGGGAUGUAUAAUGCCCCUCAAGAGGUCACACCAAAGUGGUAAUGCAGCCUCAACAGAAGGCGGCUUGGCUUAUUCUUCUAAGCGGCAACCACAGAAUACUACUAUAAAACUAAGGUUGCUUCCUGCACAGAUUCAGCAAGAGCUCACGUCCAUUCUCAAAGAGCGUGAAGAAUUAGAGCAGGAAAUAGUUCGAGUGGACGAGACUAUCUAUGAUCUCGAGAGUGUCUUUCUUAAGCAAUGCGUGGCUCUUGGUGGCUCAUUAUUCGAUGGUUACGGACCGGAACGGCAUUCGUUUCUACGUAAAGGCAUCAAUAUUCUGUUUCCUUCUACUACAAGUAAUUCUAGCCUUACUGCACCUGGUUUGACUUCCUCUAUUUCCACUUCUUCUAGCGUAGCUCAUGAGGACUCGGGAUAUGCUUUUCGGUCUCGACUGCACUCAUUUACGCCCAUCGAGCGUAUUUUUUCUACUUCAUCUGUGGGAACGCUUGGGCGAGUCGAGCGGAUUAAAUCUCUACGCACAGUUCGAGAUGAUUCUGAAUCCAAUGAAAUGCAUCGCCAUCGUAGAAAAUGCUUAGACAAUCGUUAUGGAAGCGAAAGUGAAAGCAGCAUUGACCAUAAUGAUGGCUAAACUACCACUUAUAACUAUGAAAAUAUGCCUCUUGACAAAAAGAAUUGAGAGUAUCACACUUAUUCCAUGUCGUUUUAUAGAGGAGCUAGCUUUCAUAAGAAUAAUAAACUUUUUCAUUACUUUUAUUUGCGCGGAAUCUCAGUGUUUCACUGUGUUUUAA